UGAUUUUUCUGUUUUGGAGAGACAUUGACAGAUAUGGGUUCGACAGGUCGUUAUCAAGUCUGUUGUAUUGGAGCUGGAUAUGUUGGUGGACCAACUAUGGCUGUUGUCGCCAAAAUGUGUCCAAAGAUUGAUGUCACGGUUGUAGAUAUUUCACAAAGAAGAAUCGACUCUUGGAAUUCCGAAGAGGAAUCCGAGUUACCUAUAUAUGAACCAGGAUUGAAGGAGGCUGUAGUGAAUACCCGCGGAAAGAACCUUUUUUUCUCUACAGACAUAGACGGAGCGAUUGAAAGAGCAAAUAUGAUAUUUGUAGCUGUCAACACACCCACCAAAAAGGAUGGUCUCGGUGCUGGACGUGCAGCAGAUCUCACUUAUUGGGAACUUGCUGCUAGAAGAAUAGCAAAAAUUGCGAAAAGUCCAAAGAUCAUUGUGGAAAAAAGUACAGUUCCUAUAAGAACAGCUGAAGCCAUUUCGACAGUGUUGAAUGCUUCGGGUACAACCAAGUUCCAGAUUCUUAGUAACCCAGAAUUUUUGGCUGAAGGAACGGCUGUAAGAGAUUUGGAAAAUCCCGAUCGAAUCCUGAUUGGUGGUAACCUCAAGGAUGAAGAUGGUAUCAAAGCAGUUGGAGAACUUGUCGAUAUUUACUCUCAUUGGGUCCCGAAGGAAAGAAUCAUAACCACCAAUGUAUGGAGUUCAGAGUUGAGCAAACUUGUAGCCAACUUUUUUUUGGCUCAACGUGUAUCUAGCAUCAACGCCGUGAGCGCCUUGUGUGAAUCAAGUGGUGCAGAUGUUGACGAGGUAUCAAUGGCAGUCGGAAUGGAUAGUCGAAUCGGUUCAAAAUUUUUAAAGGCAUCCGUCGGUUUUGGUGGAAGCUGUUUUCAAAAGGACAUUCUCAACCUUGUCUACCUUUCAGAAAGCAUGGGAUUAAAGGACAUUGCAGAAUAUUUUCAUUGGGUUGUUCGAAUGAAUGACCUACAGAAGGAUCGUUUUGUUUCACGUAUUAUUCAUGGAUUAUUUAACACAGUUACUGGAAAACGCAUUGCCAUUUUAGGAUUCUCUUUUAAGAAGGACACUGGAGACACUCGUGAAUCCGCAGCAAUUAGUGUUUGUCAACGUCUGGUGGAUGAAAGAGCUCAUUUGGCUAUUUAUGACCCAAAGGUUUAUGAAACUCAGAUAUGGCAAGAUAUCACAACGGCAUCCAAAAUGGAUCGUUUAGAACUGGAAAAAUUGGUUCAUAUUUCAUCGAAUCCAUACGACGCAGCAAAGGGAAGUCAUGCUUUAGUUGUUUGUACAGAAUGGGAUGAGUUUCGUGAUCUCAACUUUGAAAAAAUUUUGAGUAUUAUGGAGAAGCCCGCAUUUAUAUUUGAUGGUCGAAAUGUUUUAAGUCAUGAAUAUCUCCGGAAAUUGGGCUUUGUUGUGUAUGCGAUUGGAAAGCCUUUGGAUCCUCGUUUAAAUGUCGUGUAAUACUUUUGUUUUUGUUGCACUCGAAAACUCGUUUCAAACAUAUGAUUGAUUCGGAUUUCAAUAUUGAUUUUGUGUCAGAAUAAAUGAACAGAUUCAUUGAUAA